UCAGCAAAAGAUUGCGGUUUUGUAAGCUCUUUUACCAUAGUUUUCGUAGUGUUUUCGAUAAAUCUAGUGCAAAAUGAAUCUCAACUUUAUGCUUACGGAAAUUUCUCUCCAACUGUUGGACAAUACCUUUUACGACACGCACGGUCAGUCCACCGAUAACAUGAAGGACCUGUUCGCAACGCAGAACUCUUCGCUUCCGCUGAAUAAUGGCCAGAAGCGUCAGAGGAAAAACAACGAUCUCCUGUGCAGUUUGGGAGUAACUCGUUUUGAAGACUUGCUAAAGAACUACAGUGACUAUGUGGACAUUCAGUAUCGAGGAUUUAUCGAUAAUUUAAAAGCUCGCAUCGAAACGAUGCCACUGCCGGAGGAAGAAGCAAGCUCGGACGGUAGCUUGAGUAUUAAGAAAAAGACCCAAGCACAAAUGCAUACCGAGCUGUGUGAGGUACGGAUAAAAACACAACGAGAGUACACGAAAAUGGUGGCCCAUUCGAAGAAAAUGAUGGAUAUUUACCUGGACACAUUGCCCGCCGAUGCUAAUCACAAAUGGGAAUCGUCAAAGUACAUCGAAGAAGAGCGAAACGUGCUGAUGAACGAGUACAAUAGUUUACUGUAUUUUCUCAAGUACAUCCUAGCCGACGUUAAAGAUCGAGAGCAUUGUGAGCAAAUGCUGGAAAUUAUCGAAGGUACAAAAGAAACGCUAUGAGUUCGGGAGUUUUUUUCAUUGUCAUGGUUUUUCUUUAUUUAAAUAUGUACGCAAAACUGUUGAUUCUAACUUAUGCGUCGAAUACUACACUAGUGCUGGGAUAUAAGUUACACCUAUGUUUAUAAGAAUAGAUCGGGUCCUAUAAUUGCCAGAAUGAGUGAUCUUUAUGGGUUGUCGAACUAGUUUAAUAAAUUCCAAUUGACUGUUCUAUCAACAGUAUUUGCGGCUUGCAGGAAAACGAUAUCUGUAUUGCUCUGUAGAUGUUGAAGACUCCUCAAUAAUUUCUGUUGGUGUAGUGCAAAGCAUAUCAGAAAGAUUUUAAGAUAAUAUUUGUGUCUAGCAGAUAGAAGAUAUGGUAAAAAUUUAGACUUAUUGCAACUUAUGUUCAACAUGAAUCAUAUUGCUAGCCCCCAAGUAAUAAAGGUUACAUGAUUGC